CCUGAGGCUUUCCUCCAACACACAGAGCUCUGAGAAGAAGACAAGAUUCAAAUUCAGAGAGAUGAAGCUGCAUCUUGAAAAGCUGCUGAUGCUGACACUAAUACAGGGGGAGAUUUGUUUCAUCUUCUCCUUCCCUGAUCACAAUGCUGUGGUUUCCAACUCCGAUGAAACAGAUGCAGAAAAUCCUGAUGACAUCCCAAAUCCAAAGAAAGCUUAUUUACCUCCUCAUGUCAACGAGUAUGUCAAUGUGAAGAACAGAAAGACUGUGCAAAAACGAGCGAUUGGAAGACAAGUGAAUAUCCCUGCUUCGGUUAUUGAGAGCAUGGCUAAUACCCCAGUUUCAGCUUUGUCAACCAAGAUCCCAGCUAACCAGAAAAUCAUUCUUGAUUCUCACAAUAACUAUAGAAGAAAUGCUAGUCCAAACGCAAGAAAUAUGCUGAAGAUGAUUUGGAAUGCAGAGGCUGCAAAUACAGCUGAAGCUUGGGCCAAAAAAUGCAUACAUGGACACAGUCCUAAAAAUGAAAGAGUAAUAACCGAUUUAUCAUGUGGCGAAAAUAUAUUCUACUCUGGCUUCCUAGUCCCCUGGUAUAUAGUGAUUGAUUCUUGGUACAGUGAAUAUGUGGACUUUAAGUAUGGAACAGAGCCCCCAUCAGAACCAGAGGUCGGUCACUUUACACAGUUGAUGUGGGCCACUUCCUUUGCACUGGGAUGUGCCAUCGUGGAAUGCCCAAACUCCGUAAACAGAUAUGUCUACUGUUGCCACAGCUGUCCAGCAGGAAAUAAGGGCUCCAAAAAGAACCCCUGGAAAGAAGGGAAACCAUGUGCAGAUUGCCCCAACUCGUGUGAAAACAACCUGUGCACAAAUCCUUGUCGGGUUGAAGAUAAAUAUAACAACUGUGUGGAUUUCAAAACUACUUGUUCAAGUAAACCAUCCAUGGCGAAGGACUGCACUGGUACCUGUCAGUGCACAAAGGGAGAGAUAAAAUAAGUGCUGUCGGCGGUCAUUGAUGUCGUCAGGCAUGGAGAUUGUGACCCCGGGAAUUUCAGCUGAUCAUAAUUUUAUUCUACUAUUAAUUCAUACAUAAAGUAAUGGAGGUUAUUUAUCGUAUUAUUAAUCCUGGAUGACUGUCACCCUCAUUGUGACCACUGAUGACAUAAAGUGAUUUUUUCCUUUU